ACCCGCCGGUUCCUAUCUAUGCUAGCGCCAGUAAAAAAAGAAGCUAAUAAUAACUGUAACAAAAGCUUCAACGUGACAACAUCAACUAGUUUCGCUCUAGAUAGUCAGUCAGAAAAGGCUUCAGACAUUUUGUGCACUCAAAGUUAGUGCAGUUUGCAGAUAGUUGAUUAGGGCUACUCUUGGAAAGAAUUGGUUAGCUACCAUCGUUUUUCUUCCUUCGAUUUGGACCGCAGUUGACUGGCCAGCUAUGCCAAAACAAGGGCUUGCUAGACACAAGGUGAUAUCCUCUGGAAGACUGACUGGUGGGAGGGGCCAGGGCUCAAAGAAGAGGGGAGCAGGGCGUCCACUAGUCACUUCCACUGAGCCGGCUUAUUCCCUCUACUCCACAGACUCAGAGGACCAGGUGACAACCAUUCACCGGGGUCUGGAUCAGUGUGCUGCGCUGCUCAAUGUCAUUCUCCAGGCAGAGACUGCAGAGGCCAAGCCAAUCUCCGUCAGGGGAGCAGGGAAGACUCGAGCCGCCAAAUCCCGACCGCUGUGCACUCUGGGAAAGGAGAGGGUAGACACAGAGAGGAGGAAGCAGACAAAGAGACCUGUCACUCAGACUGCUAAAAAAAAAGCUCCCGUGCAGAAGAUGAUCCUGUCAUCCCUGUCGUAUCCUGGGAUGAGGAACAAUAUUCAGAGUUUGGCCGGAACGUCAGAGCCGGCGUCAGAUGCUCGGUUUAACUGUCGCCUGACCACCUCCACCCCCACCCUGAGUCCCCAAAGACUCCCCCCUAACAACACACUCCCCUCAGGCCCCUCUGUCCCUCGAGCCCAGCCUGGAGGCUCCAUCAUUGGGGUGGCAUCAGUCCACUUGGGGGGCUCUACCUCCACAGCUCCGUUAGCUUCUCCUGGAGCUGUAGCUACGUCUCUACCCACAGCCCCUCUCACAGGCCCAGUACUCUCUCUCCUCGCAGCCCAGCCAGGAGGCUUCGUCUCUGGGGUUGGAGGUUCGGCUGCCCAGGGGAGCUCCAGGUCCUGUAGCCUGCACCUUGGUGCUCCCUCUGUGGAGAGGCUAGCCCUGUCUGCCCCCCUGCCCUCUGACAGCUCUGUGUCUGGAGAAAGUGGACAUCCAAUCUCAUCUUCCUGCUCUCCCUCUCGUCAGGGACCACCAGUACUCUUCUCUGAAAUUCAUUCUCACCCCCAGCCUCACCCCCAACCUCACCCCCUUGCCAACACUCAACCACAGUCUGCCCCAGAUGCUCCAUCCCUGGACAGGGGGGGCCAGCUGGUUUCUACACAGGAUGGAGGGACCGUAGCCAGGGAGGCUGGCGGCCACAUGGAGGGUAACGCUGGAGAGGAGGAAGAGGAGUGUCCAGUGAGAGACACCAGCGCCCAGACCUGCUGUAACAUACAAACACACACCCAGCUGGCAUACACACACCCACACACACACACAGACCCAGUGCCUGUACAGGCAUACUUACAACACACACAUCCAGGUGUGGCUCCCAACCACACACACUCGUACACACGCAUGCCGCUGGCGCUGGGCUCUAAGGGCUGUAGUCCAGAGGGAACCGCUCGUCAGGUGAUGACUGUUCAGUACCUCCUUGGAGAAUUGAAGGCUCUGCUCGCUGGCCAAGACAGUGUAGCAGAGCGUCUGGUGUGUGAGCUGGAGCAGACAGUGUCUAUACUUCCUGUCAUGGUGGGCAGCUCUAACAUCCAGGCUGAGAUUGCUCUGGUCCUGCAACCUCUACGCAGUGAGAACGCACUGCUACGCAGGCGUCUGAGGAUAGUGAACCAACAGUUGCAGGAGAGAGAGCGAGCAGAGAGGGAGGCCAGAGAUGUCCACUGUGACACUGACGGUAAGAUAAACUGCCCUGCCCUCUUUCAACUUUCUAUCAGUGAGAGGUUAUUAUCGUGUGUCUGUAUUUCUGAGUAUCUAACCUCCUCUUGUUCUGUCUGUCUCUGUUUCUCUCUCUCGGCCUGUUCUGUCUGUCUCUGUUUCUCUCUCCCUGUCUCUCUCAGAGCUCUACAGGUCCCUAUCACUGAGUCUCCUGCUGUGACUGACAUCCCUACGUCCCGCCUCCCUCUCACUAAACAAGCUCUGGACCAAUACCAGGACCAGCAGGGUCCGUCAGACCACCCAGUCAGCCAAUACCUGUGGUCGUUGGAGCAGAAGGGGUGUGGUUCUGUCUCCCUGCCCUGUAAAGGCCCUGAGUGCAACUACACACACCAGCAGGACUUCAGUGUGUGUACACCAGGUGGUCAGAGUGUGUCUGCGGAUCAGGAAGUGGCUCUGGAAAGAAAAGCCACCCCACCUUUGGCCUUUGCCCCACUGAGAGAGACUGUGAGGUCACCACUUCCUGUUGAGGGGUUACCGCUUCCUGUGAUGUCACAGAGAGGAGGAGGACCACAGGGUCUUCAGAGCCUUAGUGUUGCCCUCGAGAGUUUCCCUCAAUUAAAAAGCCUAUUAUCUAAUCUCAACCAAUCAAACGGACUCUGCUCUAAUGGUGCUGGACACUCUGACCUGUCCCAGAGUCACCGGCGCCGUCUGGACAUGGAUAUGGCAUCACCGGGCAAGGGGCGGAACUCUUCGCUUGACUCCACUGGCCUCUCCUUAUGUGAGGUCAGAUCCUUGGCUUCUGAUUGGAGUGCAGGGUCAAGCUCGACCUUUGACACGCGUGACGAACAGGAGUUCCGGAACGGGCUGGCCGCUCUGGAUGCCAGCAUUGCCAGCUUGCAGAGAACUAUAAAGCAGGACCUCAAGCGAUGAGACAGAGACACACAGCGAGGUAGUCUGAAUCUAUUCCAAUGUAAUAAAAUAACCAAGGUCUUUUUUUAGGUUUCUUUUUAAUUGUACUUUAUUUGAAUAAAAUGGCAAAUGAAAUAGUUA